AAAAUGCAAGAGCAGGUUUAAAAUAUUGCAUCUAAUUUCCAUUAGUACAAUGCCAGACAAACAUAUAUUAAUGUAUGAUAUUUACUGUCAAUGUUUAAUCAGAUGUGUAUAUAUACCACUGAUAUUUGUUAAUGCUAAUAAGUAUGCAUUCCAAUAAUUCUUGUUUUAAAUUGUUUAAUACUAAAUUGCUGAGACAACUGACAAGAUGAACGCAAUUCUCUUAGCACUUUUCGGCUGUGGCGUAAUCGUAGGACAUCUGACAACAUCUGUGACGGCUCAGGAUAAUAAAUGUACGAAAUCGGAAACAGAAAAGCAGUUUAAAGCGAUGAAUGAUCAAAUUGCAAAUUUAUCUGGCACGCUUGAUUCAAUCAAGAAUGCAGUCGAGUCUUUGAUCAGCAGCCAAACAAAUAUGAAGAGUCAGAUUCAAAGUAUUGAAGCGGCGAUGGGAGGAAUAGAGAGAAUGCAGUGUGUAGUCCGAGCGGCAUAUGCGUUGCUACAUAAAUGCCAGAUUGCAUGUACACACAAUGAGUGAUUUGAAAAGGAAACCAACUAAAGAAAGGCCAUCGCAGUGAUGAAAAUAUACUUUAUUUCUUCAAUUUCUGAAAUAGUUGUUCGACUUAAUCGUGAAUAAAUCAAU